GAUGUUUUCGUCGAUGUUUCUCCACCUCUACUGGUUUUUGUUUUGUAAAGUGAAAUUGUUGCAAGUCAAACAACAAUAACAUAAAGCGUUAAAACGCAUAAAAAUCGUCAAAAACUCUUGGCUAAACAAAGCACGGCGACAACUGCAAGUGGGUGAACAAAUGACCACCGCCGCCUCCACAUCGCAGCAUGCGACAUCGUCCUCCACAAUGAUGGCGGGCUCGGGAUCGGGAUCCCUGGCUACCUCCGGAUCCGCCCCCACGACCACGCCCAGCAGCUCGGCGGUCCGGGCUUUGGCCAUGGAGUACAAGUCGCUGCAGGAGGAGCCGGUGGAGGGCUUCCGCGUCAAGCUGAUCAACGACGACAAUCUGUUCGAAUGGGAGGUGGCCAUCUUCGGGCCACCGGACACCCUCUAUCAGGGCGGCUACUUCAAGGCGCACAUGAAGUUCCCGCACGACUACCCGUACUCACCGCCAUCCAUACGCUUCCUGACCAAGGUCUGGCAUCCGAAUGUCUACGAGAACGGGGAUCUGUGCAUAUCCAUACUGCAUCCGCCGGUGGACGAUCCGCAGAGCGGGGAGCUGCCCUGCGAGCGCUGGAAUCCCACGCAGAACGUCCGCACCAUCCUGCUGUCGGUCAUCUCGCUGCUCAACGAGCCCAACACAUUCUCGCCGGCCAAUGUGGACGCCUCGGUCAUGUACCGCAGGUGGCGGGACUCACAGGGUCAGGACAAUGAGUAUCCCAACAUCAUACGCAAACAGGCCCUGGCCGCCAAUGCCGAGGCCAAGCGGGAGGGCAUCGUGGUGCCGAUGACACUGGAGGACUAUUGCCUGAAGCCCACGCGCAAGCCCACAACGGAAUCUGGCCUGGAUGCCAAUUUCUACGAUGAUGACUUCGAUCUGGAGACGGAGGACGACCUGCCGUCCGAUGAUGACUUCGAUGAGGACGACGACGAUGAUGAUGAGGAGGACGUGGACGAGGAUGAGGAUGACAGUGCCACGGCGUCGAUUAGCAAAAAUAAUGGCGGCAGCAGCAGCAAGUGCAAGAACAACGGCCUGGGCAGGGAGGCAGCUGCUGCCGGAGCGGACGAUGCCGAGUCCGCCGAUGACAGCGGCAAGGGAGAGACCACAUAAUGCAGCCAGGCCGGAGUCGCAUCAUCUCUUCCUCCCACUCCUGCCCCACUUUUCAUUUCUCCAACAUUAUUACUAUGAUUAAUGCUAAUUAUAAACGUUUCAAAACUAAA